AUGAUGGCAAUCGCAGGGAUGCAGAAGGAGGUUGAUAUGCUAAUUGGGUCUCUUGGGAGUAGAACUCUCGGCCAGAAAGGUGGUGAGCAGCUGGCACAGAACGUGGUAUACUACGUGCCCCGCGUGCGUGACCUGAAACAACUGGAAGCGCUGGUUAAAGCUGUGUUUCAGAGUCCGGUUUGGGGCACUACAGACGUAUUUCACGUUUUUGAGAUGGCGCAGGCUAUCAUUCAGUGGAAGCUGGAGAUUUCCGAGCCUUCACUGGAUGUAGCGACGUUUUACAGAGCAUGGGACGGGGUAUUUACCAGCGCGCAGUCGUGGUCGGUGGCACAGCUGGGACUGCUGGCGGGGGUCCUCAGCACGAGGCAGCGGUAUGUGGACGUGCAGCGGGCGGUGUUUGUUGACGACAGCGGUCGGUGCGAAGAGCUCUACGCCAAGUGGCGCGCGCAGUACUUUCUGCCGGUUUGGGGGCAGCUGUUGGCGCGGCGGCGUAGCGACCCCUCUACAGUUGAUAUUCUUGCUUUGCUAUAUGCGGUGCUCAGCGACGAGCAUGACCACGGGCUAGAGUGGGGCUUACUGGCGCAGUCGCUGUUCCGACAGGCGGCACGGUACAUGCUGACAAAGAACGAAAGCGGGUUUGCUGCGGUGCAUCUAGAUGCGGUUGGCGUCUCUCUGAAGCGGGCGUUGGCGGCCGGCACGCCGUCCAUCGCUGCGAAGAUACUGGAGAAUGCUUGUCACGUCACAUACGAGCUGGCGCAGAGGGAGAUGAACAGCCUUGGGCCCCGCCCCGACUAUGCGGCCCGCUACUACUCUAACACCAUGUUUGUGGUCGUGCUACUGCUGGAGGGAUGCCUCAGUAACGGGCACGCUGCGCCGGCGUGGCGGCACCAGGCGCUGAUGUGUCUGUUCUACAUCAACUUUAUUGUGCAUGGAUUUGGCAAGGACGGCUUCAACACCUACCAGCGUAUAUACCAAAACGUUCUAUCUGUUCUCGAAAGCAAUAUAGAGGUGUUCCAUGCAUCACUGGGGGUGCUGGAUGGAAAUAUCUGGCCACAGGGAAACUGGGUUAAUGACUCGCGCAUUCUCUUCAUGCUCGAGUACAUGGAAACAGGCCUCGCUGCAAUUCCGCUCACCGGCGCCUACGUUCAACACUCGGCAAUGCCGAUUAUAGAGCGCUAUAUGCACGCCUCGAACGCUGAAAUACGCGAGGGCGCGUAUGCGGUGCAGCUGGCGCUCUUGCGCAACGCGUGCCCAGAAACGACGUUCGUGUCGUGGAAGAUGCAGCACCUAAAACCGCUGCUGGACACGGGCGUAGCACAAUUCGUUGCGGGGCAGUUAUCCGAAACUCAGCUGGUCGCACUGUACCAGGCCGUCGUCUCGCAACUGCCCCUCCUGUCCCUCUGGAACGCGGACUUGCCGCGCGAGUUACUGCAGUUCACCUACCAGAAAAUUCUCCAGUUUCCAAAGAUCCCUACAAAGGCCGUCCUUUGCGAAUGCCUCAUCCUCCAGUGCCAAUUCGUCAAGGACAAGUAUCUCUCCGGUUGGCUCGACAACUGUUUGGAGCUCAUCGCCGAGAUCCCGCAACCACAGCAUGGUGCCCUCAUUGGCAAGUUAUGGGAGCUAAUAAAACGCAGCCGUAAUGACCUCGCCAUUCGCUGGUGGUAUACCAAGGGCCUCAAGAACAGGCUCUAG